GAGCUUACCGGUUCGUUUGAGCCACUGGAAUGAAACUGCAACGCUUAAGCAGUAAAAUGGCGAUCCCGGCCGUGAAGAGCGGGCGCUACAGUUGCUCUCAGCAUUACCGAAUCCCUUAACACGUUGGCAAUUUCCAACUUCUUCAACUCCAUAGAACAUCAAAGACUUACAAUGCUAAAGCUUCAAUUUCAAGCCUCAAAAUCCAAAGGCAUCCCAAAUUCAGACAUCGACCCUAUUGCCUAUGAAGCUGAUCUUAACCAGGCUCUCUCUGAAGUCAAACUGAGUAGUGAAGACUUAAUAUCAAACAUGCUUAACAGGAAAUGGAUGCUGCGGAUUCCUGAUACCAAACUUCAUCAGAUAAUGCUUUCUCCACUGCAAGGACGACAUAGAGAUGGAACAUUUGGUAAAAUUUCCUUUGUAAACAAGGCUUACCCAUAUUUUGGAGAUCAUGUGAUGGAGAAAGACCGUCAACACCCAUCAUUCUAUGUUGUGAGGGAUGAUUUAUUGCAUCCAUUGGUAAAUGGUAAUAAAGCAAGAAAGUUAGAUGGAUUGCUUCCACUCCUUGUGGAUCAUUCAGUAACUGAUGUGGUUACAUGCGGAGGCUGUCAAAGCGCACAUGCAGCAGCUGUUGCUGUUUCAUGUGCAGAGACAGGGAUAAAGACACAUUUGCUUCUGAGAGGGGAGCCACCUGAAGUUCUGACUGGCUAUAACCUGAUUUCAACAGUAUAUGGAAAUGUAACAUAUGUUCCCAGAUAUCUUUAUGCCCACAGGGAGAGCAUGCUGAAGAGCCAUGCUAAUUUGGUCGCAGGAUUUACUGGUAACGUUGUACAGUGUAGUGAUAUCCUUGAGACUUUUUUCACAAAGCAAACAUCUAUUGCUUUGAAUUUAGGGCAAAUGGAUGCUUGUACAAAUGUUGAGAAUCAUACAAAGAAGGUUUUGAUUGUGAAUGAAGGAGCUGGGGAUACUGUAGCAUUGCUAGGUGUCAUUCGCCUGGUGGAGUACUUAUGCCAGAAUCAUUUACUCGGAAAAGAGAGACCCAUGAAAUUGGUGGUAGAUGCUGGGACAGGUACAACGGCUAUUGGUUUGGGACUUGGAACCUUAUGUUUAGGGCUUCCAUGGCAGGUGAAUGCUGUCAUACUGGCUGAUACGAUUGAUGCAUACAAACAAAAGGAGAAAGCGUUAAUUUCUGAUUUCAGGACACAAUUUGGUUUUCAUCUUAUUGACCAUUGCAUAAAUGAAGUCAAAGGUGGAGUUGUUCAUUGGGAGGAGCGCAGCCGUAGGAGAAAAUUUGGCAAUGUUUUGGAAGGAGAGAUAGAGGCAUGCCAACAAAUUGCACAACAAACUGGCAUUCUGGUGGAUCCUAUUUAUACUUUAGCUGCUUGGGAAAUGGCAACUCAGCUGAGCAAGGAGGAAGCAUAUGGGCGUGCUGAAGUGGUAAUGCUUCACACAGGAGGAACUCUUGGCAUGUUUGGUUUAGCACAGAGGUACAAAACUUACUUCCAUAACCUCAAAGAUGGAGCAUUCCCUGCAAAAGUUGCAGAUAGUUAACUGUGUACAUUAAAAAUUCAGCCAUUAUUUUUCUAAAUUGUUGUAAAAAUUUUCCAGUUUUUGUAAUUCAAAAGCUUUACUGUAGCUCUGGGUGCGCAUUUGCAGACUCUCUCCCAGUCUGGAAUUCUUAUAUUUUGGUCACCAUGGACAUGAACAUCCACCAAGAUAAAUAAAUACAUACGUUUGAGGAAACAAA